AUGGGCGCCUGGGCGCAUGUCUGGCAUGGCAGCGUGGCGCUGCUCGCGUCAAUUUUCAAGCUUAUCCGGACGCCGCAUACCAGCAGCUUACCGAGCGCCGUGUCCAUCCCGUCCGCACGCAGCAGUGUCUGGAGUUUCCUCACAGCCGGUCCACGACGCGCACGACGUCAAUCUCACGCAGCGCUUGAGUUGCUUGAAAAAUUCCGUCAUGGCCCGGAGACGCACAGCGAAUGGAACCUAUUCUUAUGGCGCGCAACGUUUCCUCUUGUGUCACUCGUGCUGCUUACGUUGCUCUGCGUCGCAGGUCAGUUCGGUCACGGCGCGUACUCACUUCUCGUGAACCCAAUGUGGUACAUGUGCAACUUAGCGCUAGUGACGACGCCGUUUCUAUUGGUAUUCCGGUUCUCAGGCCUCGAAGCAGCAGAUGGAGAGCCACAUACAAGGAUCUGGUACAGUUUAGCAGCAAUCAGCUUCGCGAUCAGCCUUGUAGAGUGGUAUAUGAGUCUUCCAGCCAGCAGAUACUCGUGGAUUGUGGGCAAUACUCUGUUCGGUAUUGUGGCGCUGGGAGCCGUACCAUUGUUCUUCAGUAUGCAGCCCAGAACAGCACGGUCCCAGUACGAUGACCUUAUCAUGGAGCAGGAACAGGACAGGAUGCGAGGCGUACCCGAGGAGAGCGAAGAUGGAGAACCCACAAUGACUAGGCUGUUGUAUGGCUGCGGCUUCUGUGCGCUGGUGCUGUGGCUCAUCAUGUUCUCGUCGUACAGUUCAGCACGAGGAGAAGCGGGGACAAGAUCGUGGUUUGUACUGUACUUACUGUCGCCAGUACUGUGCAUUGUGCUGUUUUGUUCCCGAGUGGCACGAAUUCGCUUCAGUUUUGAGCAUGCAGUGGCGUAUAGUACUCUGGUUGUGCACGUCCCGUUGUUUCUUGGCCACUUGUGUGUGCGACUAUUUUCCUACGCUGAGGACCCAGCUGCGUCGUCUCCGACAAGCACCGAGUCGUGGCUUAAACUGGCCAUCUCUGUGUUGUACUUGCUAUUGAUGCAAGGCUAUUUCUUUGUAAUCACGACGACGGUGAACAGCAUGUCGGAGCCCUUUGCACACCCGUCGCUGCUGUAUAUUGGUCAGCUCUACUACUACACGUUCUGGUACUGUCUUGUGGGCUCGGACACGCCCAUUGACGCGCUGUACUGGGGUAUGCUGCUGCUGAACAACAUCCAUAUAGCCUUUCUUAAUACAGGCGUGUACACGGACUUCAAGCGCACAUCUUCAGCGUGGUUGGCCGUCCCGUUACACUCCAAUAUCACCUCGUCGGUGGCUUUUUGUGUGCGCUCCACGACCUCAGCUCUGGAUGUUUCAAGGUGUCUUCCACAUCGACGUUCAUGGGGACGACGAGGGGUGUUGGGGCCUAGCUGCCGUGUGGCUGGCGUUGCAGCGAUGGACACAGAGUCCGAUCUGCUGGAAGGUGGCGACGAUGACUACGAGUUCGACAAUGGAUACGGCUCGGACGGCUUCAUCGUGACCAGGAAUAUUGACGAAAAGGAGCCUGUCGUUGGCGAGCUGCCGUCCUGGCAAGAAACUCGAAGCCGGAAUCGUGAACGCGACCGCAGUGUGAGCGGAGUGCGGAGAGAUACCCACCCAUCGACUGAUUUUUCUUCGCCGUCUCGCAAUAUGGGCGUGAGGAAGGCGUCAUCUCUUCGUGACAAGUGCUCUCUAGCCACUAGUGACGCUUUGAGACCGCUGUACUUCCUAAUGAAGGUUGCAGAGCAAGACAACAUGGCCGAUACGACAGCACUUAUCCUUGUGCCCUCACUUCUGACGCUGCUGGCGGUGUUUGAGAAGCCGGGGAGCACUCUUACUGUACUACAAGACCAGACGAAUUUGUGGCUACGGUGUGUCUGUAUGUUCAUUGGACGACUUGGUGGUUCGUUCCUAGCUCGAGAAAUAUUCACAUUCAAGCUGCGCUCACGAUUACGCUCGUCUCCUGAGGACAUUGGUGAUCAACCUGAUCCUAUCAGCGGAUCCAUUGACGGCAUGUCGGCUCGACUUUGGAUACAACAGCUUAUGUUGCAAGACUUCCAUGCGCAGUUCUGGUACCUCACAGCUGUGACAGUUGUGGUUACUUUCGGCUGCUUUGCUCGGAUCGACCUACCACUACGCUUUGCACUGCUUUGA